GGGUCCAGCUGAUAUAAAGCCCACCCAACUGCAACUCUUAUUCGCGGAACCAAGAGUGCGAAUUUAAUCAAAUAGCUGCUAUGCACCGGAGGGAAGACGAGAACUGAUAGUACAGCCGCCAUGCCAGCGCCGUAAUGACAGCGACUUUCUCGGCCCGCCGGAGACCGACCUGCUUUUACCUCCUUCCCCGUCUCUGCUCGUCCUCCAAAGCCACCACCUCCGCCCACCCAGUCACCGUCGUGGACGGCGGCGACAUCAUCGACCGCGUCGCCUCCAUCCUCUCCUUCGCCGCCCACCCCGCCCACCUCGCCCAGAUCCACGCCCUUCUCAUCUCUUCCGGCCUCCAUCGCUCCCCUUUCCUCGCCACAAAAUUCCUGCAAUCGGCCCCCGGAUCACACCGACUCACUCACGCCCGCCAGUUCUUCGAUGAAAUUCCCUACCCAGAGGACCCCCGCCUCUUCAAUGCCGUCAUCCGCCUCCACUCCCACCACAACGCCUUCGAUGACGCCCUCCGUCUCUACAGCCAGAUGCUCCGCUCCAACAUCCUCCCUGACGGCUUCACCCUCCCGCCCGUCCUCAAGGCCUGUGGUGGCCUACCGUCUCACGCCGCCGGCCGUGCCGUCCACGCCCAGGUGCUCUGUCUCGGGUUCCAAGCCGACGUGUUCGUCCAAAAUGGGAUCAUCGCCAUGUACGCCAAGUGCGGCGACAUUGCCGGUGCCCGUACCGUCUUCGACAUGCUAAGCGUUCGGAAUGUGGUCUCUUGGACUUCGAUUCUAUCAGGUUGUACUCAGAAUGGAUUCCCUCUUGAAGCUCUUGAGUUAUUCAGGAGAAUGCGGUUGGAAUCCGAUGCUCGCCCUGAUUUCAUAAUCCUCGUUAGUGUUCUCAAGUCCUACAUGGAUGAGCAGGACUUGGAGCACGGAAGGUCUGUCCAUGGUUUGGUCAUCAAAGGUGGGUUUGAGGAUGAGCCGGAUCUGAUCAUUGUGCUCACGGCAAUGUAUGCAAAAUGCGGUCAAGUUGUUGUUGCAAGGCAGUUGUUCGACAGGGUCACCUCCAUGGAUGUGAUUCUGUGGAAUGCAAUGAUUUCUGGGUAUGCGAAGAAUGGCCAUGCCAGUGAAGCUGUAGAGCUCUUCCAUGAGAUGAUCUCGAGGGUGAUCAGACCUGAUUCAAUCACGAUAAGGUCCGCAAUUUUGGCUUGUGCGCAGGUCGGAUCCUUGGAAAUUGCUAGGCGGAUGGAGGACUACACUAACAGCAGCGAGUUCAAGGAUGACAUUUUUGUGAACACAGCUCUAAUCGACAUGUAUGCCAAAUGUGGAAACAUAGCGCGUGCCCAUGCGAUAUUUGAGCGCCUCAUCGACAAGGAUGUAGUUGUUUGGAGUGCAAUUAUAAUGGGGUAUGGGUUGCAUGGCCGUGCACAUGAAGCUCUGAGACUUUUCGAUGAGAUGAAGCUAGCUGGGGUUAGGCCAAAUGAUGUCACCUUCGUCGGGCUCCUAUCAGCCUGCAACCAUGCAGGCCUUGUGAAGGAGGGUUGGAAUUAUUUCAACUCCAUGAAAGAUUACGGGAUUGAGCCUCGGCAUCAGCAUUAUGCAUGCGUGGUGGAUCUCCUUGCUCGUGCUGGGCACCUUGACGGGGCCUUCGAGUUUAUUAGGAGCAUGCCAAUGAAGCCAGAGCUAACUGUUUGGGGUGCUUUACUGAAUGCAUGCAAGAUUCAUGGUCAUGUGAGGUUGGGGGAGUAUGCAGCUGAACGUGUUUUUGCUCUAGAGCCUCUCAACGCCGGGCAUUAUGUGAAGCUCUCCAACAUAUAUGCAUCUGUUGGCAUGUGGCGUGAUGUUGCAAGGAUCAGGGUGUUGAUGAAAGAGAGGCGUGUGACUAAAUCAAUUGGUUGCAGUGAGAUUCAUAUCAGCGGUAAGCUUCAUUGCUUCCGUGCAGGGGAGAUGUCACACCCAAGAUACGAGGAGAUCUUUGUGGUGCUUGCUGAACUGGAGAGGAAGCUGAAGGAAUGUGGCUUUGCUCCUCAUCUGAGCUCUGAGCUGAGGGAAAACUCUAUGUUCCAUCACAGUGAGAUAAUUGCUAUUGCUUUUGGCUUGAUCAGUACUGCUCCGGGAACAACCAUCAGGAUUAUGAAGAACCUUCGUGCAUGUGUGAACUGCCAUUCGGCGACAAAGCUUAUAUCUAAACUUAUGGAGCGCGAGAUAGUGGUCAGGGAUAUUAACAGGUUUCAUCACUUCAAGGAUGGUUCAUGUUCCUGUGGGGAUUAUUGGUGAAAGGAGGCAUGGCUCUGAGGUGUACUAUGUGUUAGAUUUGUGAUCGUGUCUAACUUAGCAAGAUAUAUUAUAUAUAUGAUUAAAUUUUGAUUA